CACUUUAUUCAUUUUCUUUUGUGCAACAACGUUUCGAAGUUACAUCAUCGAUAAGUACCUAGCUAGUGUAAACGCAAAGUAACGAUUGUAAUAAUGAGUAGGUAUGCAAGCACCGAUCAUAAGCAUUUUCGGUGCUUGUAUUGUAAUGUAUGUAGGUCCCUAGGUACCUACUAUUAGGGGUACCUACUCGAUAUUUCUGCGCACCCUAACAUCAGAACAAAUGAAAUUUCAACAAAUAUUUUGGUUUUUCGUAUGGAAUUCGUAUUGUGUAUGCUGCUUAGAAAAUUCAAAAAAUCUUAUAACAAAUCAGGAAUCUGAAACGACAAAGUUUGAUGCAAUAGAAGAACAAUGUUAUAUUCGAGCAAAAAGUAUAAUUCGCCGCAAAUACAUGAAUAGGUUAUUGAUACGUAUAACAAAUCAGCAGUUGCAAAACGAUAUCUUCGAGGCUAUGGUCAAUGAAAAGUAUGAACAUCUACUCAUGAAACACGAUCUGGAACACAAACUUGAACACAAACUGGCUGGUCGAGACAACACACUUGGAAAGUAUGAAACACAAUUUCAAAUCUUUCAAAAUUCAAUAAAGAGAUUGCAAGUACGAUGUCUCAGGGAAUCCGUGAUGCGGCACAGCUUUCCCGGCUGGCUCUUACAGAGCAACCUGGACGAUUACGAGAAAUGGAUGAUGGCGUGGUACGUUGUUCCCGGUGAAAAUCUAGAUUUCAUGAGAAACCAAGUACUAUCUGGGAAGCUAAGCGAAAAUGGUGAAGGUAUACCAUUAGAAAAAGUGGCAUACGGACUCGUUGAAUUAAACAACGAUAUUUCGAAAUCGGAAGCGCACUGCCAAGCGAACUUACUAACCAAACCAUUACCAAAAACUGAACCUGAGAUGGAUGAAGUCUGCACGUCAGUAGGCAAAAGUGAUACGGAUUUAAUAAUCGCAUGCAAACUAUUACUACUUACAAAUCUGUAUGCAGAAACAACCGAAUGUCGCGUUGGAGUGGGUUCAAUUGAUAAAUUCGUUCUUUAUGGUGACAUCAAGAAGAUCAGAAAUUUUUUCACAGCUAUGCAGUGUUUGAGCGAUAAUUUCAAUAAGACCGACAUAGCAUACAAAGAUCAAGUUGAAUCCUGCAUCGUUUAUGCGUACAAAGUUGUAUCAAGGUAUAAUCCUGUACCGCAAAAAAGAGGCGAUUUUAUAGUCUUUAACGCGACCUGCAGUCAAGCAGUUGACAGAAAAAUGUUCAAGGACCAUGUUAAGAAAAUAAUGAGCAAGGAUGCUGACACACAAAGUGCUGAAAUCACCAUACAAAUGGACCCAGAUAACCCCGAAAUUCCAAAACGAACCUCCAAUAAUUAAUCUUUUGCAGAAUUUUUAAUUUCUUGUUAAAUUUAGUUUAAAAAAUAAACUUAAUUUUUUGAAA